CACUCGCUUUCCCCCACAGCGUGUCGGUCUGCUGCAAGUUGCAACCCAUCCCAAAUCUCUCUCGCUCUCUCUCUCGCGACCUUCGGAGCCAGGGCCAGCACCGACCGCCGUCGCCGCCGCGCCGCCUCCUCCAGCGACCCGCCGCCUCCGUCGAUCGGCGGUCAAGGGCCGGCGGUAGCCAGAAACCGGGCCAUUUUCGAGCUCUCCCUUUCUCUUAAGGAUUCGUGUCGAUGGCUGUAGUUCCAAGGAACUUUAGAUUACUUGAAGAGCUCGAGAGGGGAGAAAAAGGAAUUGGAGAUGGAACAGUCAGUUAUGGAAUGGAUGAUGCUGAUGAUAUAUACAUGCAGUCAUGGACAGGCACUAUCAUCGGUCCUCCUAAUACUGUUCAUGAAGGGCGUAUUUAUCAGCUAAAAUUGUUUUGCAACAAGGAAUACCCUGAUAAUCCACCUGCUGUGAGGUUCCAGACUCGGAUAAACAUGACUUGCGUCAAUCAGGAAACAGGCGUGGUUGAACCUAGUCUUAUGCCAAUGCUUGGAAAUUGGAAAAGGGAAUAUACUAUGGAAGACAUAUUGUUGCAAUUGAAGAAGGAAAUGUUGUCUCCACAGAACCGCAAGCUAGCACAACCUCCUGAAGGAAAUGAAGAGGCGAGGAUGGAUCAAAAGGGGCUUGUUGUGAGGUGCUGUGUCAUGUGAGGGAAGUUCACGUGGUUAUGUAUAUAAGCACAUAUAUAGUGCCUGCGGUAACGUUGUUCGCAAAUAUUUAUGUCAGAGGAUUGUUGUAACUGAGAAAUGUCUGAUUAAAACGAGAUCAAUCAUCCCUCUCAUGUUUCACAUUGUUUCACUUGUGUCUACUAGUAGCUGAAUAAGUUUGAAUAUAAGUUCCCCGUGUCUAGGUAAA